GUUGAAGAAGACUGAUUGGUUAGCAGCUGUUCUCUACCCCACCACACCUCGAACCCCUAGCUUUCGGUCGCUACUGAGGUUUUGCGACAAUCCUUUCGUCCAGACUUUUUGAAGCAAGGCGCAAGAAGAACUAUUUUACGCCGCAACUCGUCAAAAUGGAUAGCUUGACAACCGCACUGGGCAGCGUGCCACAAGUCGUGCAGUGGGCCCUUGCUGGAGUAGGAGCUCUCUACAUCUCGGCCAAGGUCUUGAGUUACCUGCACCUGGUCUUGAACCUUUUCAUUCUUGGCGGCACCAACCUCAGCAAAUAUGGUAAAAAGGGCAGUUGGGCGGUUGUCACCGGCGCCUCGGACGGUCUCGGUAAAGAGUUUGCCUCGCAACUCGCAGCCAAAGGCUUCAACAUUGUCCUUGUCUCCCGCACCGAAUCGAAGCUCAAGGAACUUGCGAAAGAGCUCGAGGCCAAGAAUGGCAGCCUGAAGACCAAGGUUCUGGCGAUGGACUACGAGCAGGACAACGACGAUGACUACGAGAAACUGGGCCAACUCCUUAGUGGCCUGGAUGUCGCCAUCCUGAUCAACAAUGUCGGCCGCAGCCACUCGAUCCCCGUGCCAUUCCUCCAGACCCCGCGCGAGGAGCUGCAGAAUAUUGUAACCAUCAACUGCCUUGGCACACUCAAGACUACCCAGGUUGUGGCUCCCAUCAUGGCUCAGCGCAAGCGGGGUCUGAUUCUCACCAUGGGCUCAUUCGGCGGCUGGAUGCCUACGCCAUUCCUGGCUACCUACAGCGGCAGCAAGGCAUUCCUGCAGCACUGGAGCACCUCGCUCGCUGAGGAGCUCCGCAGCAGCGGCGUCGACGUCCACCUGGUCCUCAGCUACCUCAUCGUGUCCGCCAUGAGCAAAGUGCGCCGCCCCAGCGCUAUGGUCCCGACGCCUCGAGCUUUCGUGCGCUCGGCCUUGGGCAAGAUUGGAUGUGCUACUCAGAACGUAGCCUACACUUAUACUCCGUGGUGGAGCCAUGCCAUUAUGCAGUGGUGGGUUGAGAACACUAUCGGCAUUGGUAGCAAGAUCGGAUUGCAGGUCAACCUGAAGAUGCACAAGGACAUUCGCACUCGUGCGCUGAAGAAGGCGGAGAGGGAGGCAAAGAAGGCUUGAGUGACCGCGGACUCGUGAAUGAAGCAGAGUAUAGAUAAAGCCUUUUUUCUAAGGGAAUCGGCGUGUCAGGGACCAAAGAUAGUUUGUCUCGCCAAUAUUAGGGCAUGCAAAGAACUGUAAACACAAAAGGAAGGCAGGUAUCUGCAUGUAUGGGAACUGGCAGCCAAAAUAUUCUGUUCUUGGCAUGUCGAGAUCUGCGAGAUCAAGAUCAGAGACUCUAACAGAGCCCUUGUGUAAGGACGGAGAAGAGGACAGACAAAAUUCAAUGAAAGAAAGCAUUUAUUUUUUUCCGUGAGAGCCGAAUAAAUAAAUUAGGUACCUGGAUAUUAUGACAUCAG